AAAGCGAAAUGCGCAGCGUGUGAGGGUGGGGAGGGGGCGUCGCCGCGCCUCGCCGGGCCCCGCGGGUCUGGCCGCCGCGCCGAUGUCCCACAGGGCGCCGAGGGGGCAGGAGGAGGAGGCGGCCGCGGGGGAGGCGGGGGAGGAGGCGGCGAGGGGCAGCCAGGCGCGGCCCAGGAGCCACCCGGAGCCGGCGGCGAGCGGCGGCAGGACCCAGGGCCGGCAUGAGAGGAAGCGGAAGAAGCUGGAGGCGCAGCAGCUGCAGAAGCUCCAGCACCUGGAGUCCUUCUAUGAGAAACCUCCCCCAGGGCUGAUCAAGGAAAAUGAAACAAAACCAGAAGACUGCAUACCUGAUGUACCAGGCAAUGAAAGUGCACGAGAAUUCCUGGCACAUGCCCCGACAAAAGGGCUUUGGAUGCCUUUGGGGAAAGAAGUCAAAGUCAUGCAGUGUUGGAGGUGUAAACGUUAUGGACACAGAACAGGAGAUAAAGAAUGCCCAUUCUUUAUUAAAGGCAAUCAGAAAUUGGAACAAUUUAGAGUAGCACAUGAAGAUCCAAUGUAUGAUAUAAUAAGGGACAAUAAACGUCAUGAAAAAGAAAUGAGGAUACAGCAACUGAAGCAGCUCCUGGAGGACUCUACCUCAGAUGAUGAUGAUAACAGUGAUGACAGUGAUGAGGAUGAUGAGGAUGGCAGCAGCUCCUCUUCCUCAGAAUGUAAAGAUAAACACAAGAAAAAAAAGAGAAAGAAGGAAAAGAAAAAAAAAGAAAAGAAGAAGAAGAAAAAGAGAAAGCGUAAAUCAUCUAAAUCUAACGAGAAGUCGGAAUCUGACUGAUGGCAGUCAGCUGCUGCAUGCUGAUUGACCUCCACUUGUGAACUGCAAGGGAAGAUCCAAAGAAUGAGGAAGAAACCACCAGGAAGGGCUUUAUUAAACUCAGAGCAUACAGAUGGAAACAUACAGCAUCCUACACUGGCUGUCCUCUUCUGCCCCUCUGCAGUGCUGCAACCAGAAAGAAGAGAGCUGCGUUAAACAAUACUCAAUCAACCAUAUCUUUGUACUGUAGAACCUGCGUGUGCUAAGGGUCAUCUGUCUUGGUCGGAUUGCAUCUCUGCAUUGCCACACAUGACUUAGCAGCAGAAAAGAGCAACACCAAGGCAUUGCCAACAAAUCGGCAGAACUAGCAGACUGUCUAAUGAAGUGUCUUUUCUCCAUGAAGUUAUUAUAUACACAGCCUCAUUGUAAUGGGACUGCGGUUUGCACCAUGCGGGGCACUGAGAGUUCGCUCACAGUGCUUAUAAUAAGCAGGUUGUACUGUGGUUUUGGGUGUUUUUUGCUGCAUGCUGCAUAUGUGCUGAAGUUCAGUGUACUUAUCCGAGCACUGGCAGCUAGGGAAAUAAAAGAGCACUGCUGAAGGGGGAAAAAAGUUAAUCAAGGGGAUUUACUUUUAAGACAAAAUUGCAGUGUCAGCAAGACUUGGGUUUUUUGUAUAGCAAAAUCUCAACAUCACCACCAUUACUACGCACAGUUCUGCAACACCCAAAGCAUUCUCCAAACCAUAGAAGUGGAAGCCAAGUAUAUAGUGAAGUUAAACAUCUAACAUCAUUAAAGAGGUAGUGGGUUUAGUUAUUUUAAAAGGGUUUUUUUUGUGUUAGAAAUGAAGAAGAUUAAUUUCUACAUACACUUCAGUAUCAGUUGUUUUGAUACAUUUGAGGGUUUUUUUUCCUUUUAAAAAGGCUUGGGGAAAUAAAUUCCAACUUUUUUAUGUUUACUAGAGGUUUUUUUUAUGUAGUAGUAUUUUAUGGAUCAUCCCACAAGAAUAUUAAAUAAAUACAAAGGUGUUCAAAAUAGUUUUCAACUAUAUGCAUGUAAGCCACAGAACAGUAUCUCUUGUAAGCAGGAAGAAGUGAAAGUUUUGUGUAUGUAAUUGACCUUGUGGACUGACCACACUUGUCUUUUAAACAAUCUUGCAGAUGCCACUAGAAAGAUUGAGAUAGCUCUAAACUGUGUUGGAGUAAGCAUCUCUUUUUAAACCUCAAGGUACAGUGGUAUAAAGCUGUGAUUUGAGGACCUAGAUGAUACACGUUGGUACUCUGCAAACAGAGAAGGAAAAAUAGAUUUGCUUUGAAAAGACUAGGAAGGACUUAUGUAGAACUUAUCAUCUCUGUGCUUAUGCUUAAAUUGAAAAAAAACCCAACCCAGCAUGAUAAAACUUUUGACAUUAGUAGAGUGAACAUUAACAGUGAAAUCAAGGAACCAUAGACUAAAAUGCAUUUAAGACUUACUUUUUUUCUCCUGAGAGCUUUGAGAAAGAGGACAGGGAAAAGCACACAUUAAAAUGUGUUUCCUCCCUCCUACGUGUCUAAGAGUCAUUUAGUAAAAAUAAACCCCUGUUCCUUGCCACCCAUUCACAAUAUGUUCUGGGGAAAACCAAAGUAGCCAAGGCCUACUUACAAAAAGAUUCUUUGUCUUAUUCACAGAGCUUGAAUGUGGGCUUGUGUUUUAUCCUCCAGUAUUAUUUAGCAGAUCUCCCUGUGAUAGGAUUUACUGGUGACUCCUGAUAGUUACCUGUAUCAUCAUCAUCAGCAACAAAUUCGAAGCUCCUGGCUCUUUCACCAGAAGAAGAUUUGACAGCUGAAGUAGCAUGAGGAGCGUUAUAAUGGACUGGUUCUCUGUAUUGCCGCAUUUGGUGCUUGGAAAAAUCCGUGUGUGCUGGUGAUUGGUGAUUGUUAGACAGAUGCUGGAAGCCACAGCCAUUAUUCACCUGAUGCAUUCCAAGAUAAUUCUUAUUCAGGUUUGUCCAGAGCAGAGGUAACCUAAAGAUCUUUUCAGUUACUUCAGCUUUUAAGAUUCUUCUGAAGUUUAGUUUAAUAUAAACAUGUUCAGUUUUUCCUUAGUCUGUCAUCCCAGUCCUUGUUAAUGGGUUCUUCCCAUGUUGCCUACCAGGGUUUACUAUUUGAACAAUCAAGAAAAAUACCAUAAAAGCCCAUUUCUAACUUACAUCAAAUGCAACUUAAUUGUUUGUUUUGAGACACCAAAUCACUGUUCUGUGCCAGACUAAAGGUCUGUUCAACACCAGUGUCUUUUUUUCACUCAUGGUCAAUAGCAGAUGCCUACGCAGCAGAGCAGUGCAAACUAGUGGCAUUACUUCUCUCGUUCCACUGAAAUGCUGUCUCAGCCUCUGCUGCUUGUAGUGCAGGUACUUUGAAUCAGGUUGUUGUCCUGGUUUCAGCUGGCAUAGAGUUAGUUUUCUCUUUAGUAGCUGGUACAGUGCCGUGUUUUUGAUUUAGUAUAAGAACAAUGUUGAUAAUAUACUGAUGUUUUCAGUUGUUGCUAGGUAACAUUCAUACUAAGUCAAGGACUUUUCAGUUUCUCAGGCCCUGCCAGCAAGAAGCCAGGAGGGAACAUAGCUAGGAGAGUGACCCAACGGGUAUUCCGUACCAUGGAACAUCGUGCUGAGUACAUAGACCUGGGGGAGUUGGCUGGGGUCUUGCAGUCAUGUCUUGGAGACUGGCAGGGCAUCAGUCAGCAGGUAGUGAGCAAUGGUGCAUCACCUGGGUGUUUUUCCUCUUUGGUUUUAUUCCUCUCUCUCCUUUUCAUUACAAUAGUUGUUUUAUUCUACCAUUAAACUGUUCUUACCUCAA